CCUCGCCCCUUCAGCUCAGGUCGCCAGCGGCGCCGGAAGUACUCGGCUCUUUUUCUUUGCUCCCGCCUCCGGCCCCGGAAAUACUUUCUUAAGAAGAUGGCGGCUGUGUCAGUGUAUAAGCCACCGGUUGGAGGUUUUUCUUUUGAUAACUGCCGCAGAAAUGCCGUCUUGGAAGCCGAUUUUGCAAAGAAAGGGUACAAGCUUCCAGCAGCCCGGAAAACUGGCACAACCAUUGCGGGGGUGGUCUAUAAGGAUGGCAUAGUUCUUGGAGCAGAUACAAGGGCAACUGAAGGAAUGGUUGUUGCUGACAAGAACUGUUCAAAAAUACACUUCAUUUCUCCUAACAUUUAUUGUUGUGGUGCUGGAACAGCUGCAGACACGGAUAUGACAACCCAGCUCAUUUCUUCCAACUUGGAGCUCCACUCCCUCUCCACUGGUCGCCUUCCCAGAGUCGUGACGGCCAAUCGGAUGCUGAAGCAGAUGCUUUUCAGGUAUCAAGGUUACAUUGGUGCAGCCCUAGUUUUGGGGGGCGUAGAUGUUACUGGACCUCACCUCUACAGCAUCUAUCCUCAUGGAUCAACUGAUAAGUUGCCUUAUGUCACCAUGGGUUCUGGCUCCUUGGCAGCAAUGGCUGUGUUUGAAGAUAAGUUUAGGCCAGAUAUGGAGGAGGAGGAAGCCAAGACGCUGGUGAGUGAAGCCAUUGCAGCCGGCAUUUUCAAUGACUUGGGGUCUGGAAGUAACAUUGACCUCUGUGUCAUUAACAAGAGCAAGCUGGAUUUUCUCCGCCCGUUCUCAGUGCCCAACAAGAAGGGGACCAGGUUUGGCCGGUACCGGUGUGAGAAAGGGACCACUGCAGUCCUCACUGAAAAAGUCACUAGCCUGGAAAUCGAGGUGCUGGAAGAAACAGUCCAAACGAUGGACACGUCCUGAGUGGUGUCGGCGGGAGGCUGGUUGCUGCUCUUGAAGAUGGGGGGCAGUGGAGGCUCCCCUGUAAGACCUUCAUUCGGCCCGUGUUUGCUGAAUGAAACCCAAUAAAAAAGAAAACGAAAUUGACUGGC